ACGGUGGAAUAAGAAUGGCACGUAUCCUGCUCGUGUCAACCAUAGUCCUCGUCCUCGCGAUCGCCGUCCCCUUCCUGACCCCGAAAACUGUGUUCGAUGAGAAGAAACUGGCUGAGAUUGCAAGGAAAGCACUGGCCAAAGAGUCUAAGAAUGCAACUCGCAUCAUCAACAACGUCAUCGACCUGAUGCGAAAAGAGUAUCCGGACUACAUCGAGAAAGGCGACAAAUGGCUGUUCAACAAUGCAGGAGGAGCCAUGGGCUCCAUGACAGUCUUGCACGCCUCCUUCUCCGAGUACGUCAUCAUCUUCGGAUCGGCCAUCGGCACUGAGGGGCACACGGGGAGGUUCUUAGCGGAUGACUGGUUUACCAUCCUGUACGGCGAGCAGUGGGCGUACAAGGCAGGAGCUAUCGAGCGCGAAGUCUACAAGCCUGGUGACCAGCACCACCUGCCCUUUGGAGUUGCCAAGGGCUACCGCAUGCCUGAAGCGUGCUGGGCGCUGGAGUACGCCCGGGGCAACAUCUUGAGCAUGAUGCCGUUCGGCAUCUUUGACACUUUCUCGAGCACUCUUGACUUGUGGACCCUGUGGGAGACUGUGGAGGUUUCAGGGACUCAGAUGAUAAAGAACCUUCUCCGCGGAAAGAUCUAAGCUCUGCUUCCUCGCUUUGCGGUGGUCU